UCCUCCUCCCUCCUCCUCCUGUGCUGCUUCAGAUCGAUGAGACCUGUGGACUAAAACCUACCUGUGGAUCCUUUCCGGGCAGCAGCACCAUGGGGAUCUCCGCGUCCAGUCUGCUGGAUGAGACCAAAUCUAACUACAUCAAAGGCCAGGCCGAGGCGGAGCUGAAGGCGUUCAGUCCGUACUACAGGAAGCAGUUCUCGGUGGCUCGUUUCUCUCAGGUGGAAGAUGAUCUGGAGCAGCAGAAAGAGCAGACCAGACAGCUGCUCAAACACAGGGAUUCUCCUGAGUCGAGCGCUGUCCUGUACGAGGAACUCGUCCUUUUCUUUGAUGAAACCAGGAAGUGGAAGGAGAGGUACAUGGUGGUGCGAGCCAACUACUGCCUGGAAUGUCACGACAGCUUGGAGAUGUUUAUGAAAGGAGCUCCUCCACGGCAGACACUGCUGCCUACAGGGGGCACUGUUCUGACUACAGAGGAGAAGUAUAUGGCCAUGGUGGACCAGUGCUUCCCUGAUGAUACCAAUGUGAAGGAGGAAUUUGCUCCCCCUCUGACGGGGAUGCCGGGUCAGUUCCCUGUCUACCUGCGGCUACCUUACAGGACAGAUUGUUACUUCUGCUUCAAACAGCAGGCCAAACCGGCCUUCCUCUCCAUCCUGUCCGACUGCAUCCGGCACCAGAACCAAGACUUCCUGAAGAAGAAGACGUGCGAGGUGCAGGCGUUCCUCAAGGCCAUCCAGCUCUAUAGGCAGGACAAAGAACGAUACGAGUCCUGGGACAUGCUGAUCGGAAGUGACGUCAGGGUGAUGGCCAACCUGGUGAUGGAGCAGCUGCUGCCGUCUCUCGAGAAAGAAAUGCUGCCUCGACUCAAAGCCAAGAAGACGGAGAAGAAGAGAGUUUGGUUCGCUACGGUGGAGGCGGCGUACUUCCUGAUUCAGGAGCAUCUUCUGGAGGGACUCUCGGCGCUGAAGGAGGAGUGCCGCGUGUCAGUUAGGCAGCAGGAGGUUCUGAUCCACUCGGACAUGGACCAGAUCCUCGGGUCCAGACGGCAGCUGGAGGAAAAAGUCAGAGACAAAGUAUCGGAGCCGGCAGAGAAGCUGAGCUCGGAGAAGGUGCAGCCGUACCUGGCCUCCGUCCUGGAGGAGCUGAUGGAGCCAAUCAGCUCGGGUUUCCAGGAGGGGCGUCAGCUGAGUGAGAACAUGAUGGACCAGGUGUGUCAGGAGGUGAACGACAACGAGCAACUGAAAAAGUCUUUGGCCAACAUGGCGAGACCGAACCUGCAGAGCUGCUACCAGAUGAUCGGCUCCCUGCAGGAGAAACUGAAGCACCUGCAGGAGAGGUUUGGUUUCCAAAACAUCACAGGAGUGAUCCACAGCGCUCAGAUCGACCUGCAGCAGCUGAUGGAGAAUGCAGCGUACACGUUCGAGCAGCUGUUCUACAAAGCCGUCCAGGACAACCCGUACAACCCCGGCUCUGCCAUCGAAAAGGCCAAACACAGAGUGCUGAAGCAAUAUGAUUACGACAGCAGCACAGUGAGGAAGAGGAUCUCCAGAGAGGCUCUGGUUUCCAUCACUCUGCCCUUCAUCAAGAAGAACCUCGCACCGACCUGCAAAUCUGAGCUUCAGGGACUUGAACAAUCCAUCUACACCGACCACUCCAACUUCGUCAACGUGGAGAACGUUUAUGAGGACAUCCUGCUGCAAACGCUGGACAAAGAGGUCACCACAGUCGUGAAGGAGGCGGCGAAUCUGAUGAAGUACAACCUGUUCAAUGACAGCAGAGACCUGCUCAGUCAGUCCAGCCGCUCCAGCCUCUCUUCCCCGUCCGCCUCCACUCCGGGCAGCCCUGCCAUGCCUAAAACCUCCCCGGGUAAAACCUCCUCCUCCUCCGAGCCCCUGCCCCCAUCUCCUCUGGCGGUGAACGGUUUGUCCUCCAGUCCUGAGAAGAAGGAGGAGGAGCAGGAGGUGAAGGGGACUGACGUGCUGCCGCAGAAUGAGGAAGUGACGGUCACUGGAACACCUCUGGGGAAGGUAGAGCAAAAAGAAGAUGGUCAGAGUGUCGUCGUCAGUGAGGAGGCUGCUGAGGUUAUCGCACCUGAAACAGAAGACGUCUUCAUAACAGUGAAGGAAGAAGCCGACACUCCUGCUUUAGCAGAAACAACAAUUCAGAGUGAGACACCAGUAGUAAAAGCUGCAGCAGCUCCAGAGACUGAAGUGGUUUCUGUCAUAACAGAGAAAGUUGACGCGGCUGCUGAGCCUCAAACACAGAGCACAGACGCUCCAACGGAAGCAGAAAUCGCUGUGUCAGCAAUCCCCGCUGUUAUAGAAAGUAUAAAAACAGAUGUAGAAGCAGCGCAGGUAGACGCACCUGUAACAAGUCCUGAUCCUACAAAUGAACCGGCAAACACUUUAGAGGAGGGUUCAGUUUCACAACCUGCAGCCAGCAGCGGGGAGGAGACCCUCUGUGCAAGCUCAGACAUCAACCUAGAGGCUCCCUCUAGUGGUGAAACACCUGCAGUCACACUUGCAGAAGUCAGCCGGGACUUAAAGAGACGGGAGUCAGAACCACCUGUGGCUUCAGACCCAAAUUCUCUGGAUGUGUCCGUGGGAAGUGAGUCUGCUCCGUCAGAUGUGGAGUCCACUGAGGAGGUCAAAGGCACGCCGUGCAGUGAGGACGAAGUCUCAACCACCUCGGACGUCCUGGAAGAUGAGGCCAACCUGAGUAAAUCGCCUGUGAGCUCAGACGAGCCCGCUGAGGAGAAAUCUACAAGCAAUGAGCCGUCUCCUCAGGCGCAGACGGAAGAAGCUGUGAGCGUCGUUGUGAGCGGGAACAUCGAGGCAGGAGCGAGCGUGGAGUCCCCGGUGGAGGUGGCGGCAGACGCUAAAGAGGACACGCCCUCCAGCCCUGAAGCCCCACCUCUGGACUCCAUCAAGCAGAUCCGGGACCUGGUGGAGGAGGUGAUCGAGGUGGAGGAGCUGGUGCGGCGUUACCCGAGCGGAAUCCCAAAAGAAGAAGAAUGAAGACGAGAAACGAAGAUAACUCGAGACGUUAUUCUACCAAAGGGAACUUGUUUUUUCACCUGAAUGUGACGGUAGCUUUCAUCCAAUCAUCAUUAAUUUAAAACAAAAGCAGGAGAAAGAUUCCUGAGAGUCAUCCAGAGGAGCUUCCAUGAACUUUUUUAAACACAUAUGCAUGAAAUGUUGGUGAACUAUUUAUAUGAAUCAUUUACACAAAUCGAUAUAUAUCAGCUGUUCGGAUGUUUUUAAACCAACUGCUCUGUUUUUAACACUAAAAUGAUUUUUAGUUUUAAUUAGAAUUAGGAAAAGUUUUUUUUUUUUAUUAUGAUCGUGAAGAAAUGUUAAAUUGUGGUAGAUUUAUAUAAAAAAAGUAAAAAAUAAUAAUAUUUAUGGGAAGGUCUUGCUUUGAAGUGAAGAUGAUGUUAAUGUCAUGGCUCUCCAGUCACUUCUAGAAAUCCCUCCGACAGAUAUCACACCAUAUGCAUGCAUCAUCUGAAGGAAAUAUCCCCUGAAACUCCGACUAAAACAGAAGAAUUUAUAUAUUUUUUUCUUGAAUGUGAUUAUUUUUUUGACCUCAUAAAGGAUUUAUUUUAUACCUACGAACAGAACUGAAGAAGUAGCUCAUCAAAGUGCCUUUCCAGUAACCUCCAUGUUGCCUCCCGAUGCUGACGGAAACCGACCUCAUCCACGUGAAUGUGGUUGCCAUAGUAACUGGGUCUGUACACCUGUGCGUGCCUUCACCUGUAGAGCAUCUCAUUCAGACUUGGUUAAUGACACGUUUAUCUGACUGUAAGCUGUUGAUGGAAACAUUGUGUGAAAAUAUGAAUAAUAAAAAAAACAGAGUCUAUAAACAAA